AUGACCGUGCUCUCGAACCUCAAGAUCUCGGUCAACAUCAAUCUACGAGAUCGAGAUGCACCGAGCCUCGUCCUCAUCAAGGCUUUCUACGAUGUGACCAAGGAUGAGUACCAGCGCUUUGCUGGCGAGGCGGCUCACCUCGAGUUUUUCGAACGGGUUGACCAAGGUCGUUGCCCCUAUGGCAACACGCAGGUCAAGUUCCGGGCUCCGCAAAAGAGUGCUGCCAGCGUGGUCUCUCAGGCUGUCAGUCUCGGCACCAGAUUCGGGGCGCGUAUCAGAGCGAAGGCCCUCGGAAGGACCUCUACUCGCGUGGAUCGGGUGGAUCGAGGAAAAGCUGCGCACGGCCACAAGCGCAGCCUCUCGCAACGAUACGGAAACGGAAACCCGUGGAGGAUGGCGUUCGAGAAUCGCCCUCGCAUCUCCAGCAACAGUGCCGCGUCGACUCCAGCUCCUGCUCAAGCUGAUAGCACAGUCGAAAGGAGUGAAACGAGCAUUCCUGCUUCCGCUCCUGCUCCAGUGAACGAAACCAACAAAGACAGCAUGAUGAAGAUCCUGGCUCCCGAAAUCCAUGAGGCCGUCGCUGCUGCCCUAGCCAACGCCCUUGCCGCUGCUUCCGCUGCCGCUGCUGGAUCGUGCUCUGGUACCGAUUGA